AUGCGCGGCCGCGGAUGGAGCUGCCGGGCCCCUUCCUCCUUCCUGCGGCAGCGAAUCGGGGGGGGAUCGGCUCCGUUACGGGCUGCUUUAACCCCCUCCCCCCCCGAAAAGUGGCUUCAGGUCACGGAGCUGCUCGGCUUCUCACCGAGCCCCGGAGCCCCCUCCUCACCCCGGGGUGAAGGGUGGGGGGAUGUCCGUGGCGUACCGGGAGGAUGCCGGUGUUUAUCCUCAUCCCGCCUUCUCGUUCGCAGCGGGUUUUUCGGCGAACCGGAUUCCUUCUCCAUGUACGGCGGCAACCGGGUGAAGAGGAGACCUUCUCCCUACGAGAUGGAGAUCACCGACGGUCCUCAUACGAAAGUGGUUCGUCGCAUUUUUACCAACAGCCGGGAGAGGUGGAGGCAGCAGAACGUCAACGGGGCCUUCGCGGAGCUUCGCAAGCUCAUCCCCACCCACCCGCCCGACAAAAAACUGAGCAAGAACGAGAUUUUGCGCCUGGCUAUGAAAUACAUCAACUUCCUGGCCAAGCUGCUCAACGACCAGGAGGAAGAAGGAAACCAAAGGGGCAAAGUGAACAAAGACUCUGGGAUAGUCCAGGAAGACCUCCUGCAGGACAUGUUGUCUCCUAACUCUAGCUGUGGAAGUUCUUUAGACGGAGCGGCCAGCCCGGACAGCUUCACGGAAGAGCACGAAACACUAGACUCGAAGCACACGAGGAGCCUGCACCACGCCAUCCUCCCCGUAGAAGGCAACGCGCAGCGGUGAUGACCUUCCGCGUCGCUCCCGAAGCGCCAAGGGGGAGGCGAGACCCGAGCGUGAAGAUGGUGGAACUCCUGCUCUUGGGAUUCGUGUCUCUGCCUUUCCGUGGAGGCUCGGGCUCCCCCUUCUUCUCCCCAGCCCGGGACGGAGCGGCCGGCACGUUGGCCAAGGACAAGACCAAACCAGAUGGAUGUUCGGCAUUUAGGUACGUGAUCGUACAAAGAAGAAAAGCCUUGAAGUCAUCUUCAUUGUACAUACUGCUCGUGAUGUGACUCUGCGGAGGGGCAGGACGUGUGGCCAGCACCUCUCCAGCAUUCAGAGGGCUUUCAGACCGUUUGGUGACUGUUGCUUUUUGAACAGUCACCUGGUUGAGACGUGAAGCUCCUCUUUCUCUGCUGGUGGAGGCUGCUGAUGCUUUCCAGCUCCACGUGGCGCUGGAGACUGCUGGAACCUGCGAAUGCUGCAGCAUUUCUCCAGCCUGUGGCAUAUACAACUGGUCUGAGCAGGAGCUGGGGCCACAUGUUCUUGUUGUCUGAGAGAUUUUGACUGUAUCUUUUUAAAGAGGUGAAAACAUACCCUCAACAAAAGAACUAUUAAAAGGAUUAAGACUUUUUUUUUUCUCUCUCCUUUUUUUCUUUUUUCCUUUUUUUUCCCUUUUUUUUCCCCCCCUUUCUUCCUUUCCCUUCUACCUAACUUUGGAUUGUUUGGGGUUGUUGUAUUUAUGACGUGGGAUUACUUCUGUUUAACGCUGUCAUGCAGUAUCCACUGAAAGAAAAGGUACAUAGUGUUUUCUGCCACCCUCCCAGCUCCCCAUUUUUCUGCUGGUAAUGCUCAGCGGGUGAGUUCCAAGCCUGUUGUGUUCUCCUAGAGUCUUCCCAGUGGUUUCUGUAGGGCCAGAGCUUCUCUCGAGGAAGACGAAUUUCAAAGUCGUAAGGGAAAAAAAAUAAUUUGCUAGUGAAACAUCCCCUUGGACUGGGGGAUUUUUAAAUUCAAAAAAGCAACAAAGAGGCAAAAGGAGUCGAUGAUGCGUCAACAGUGCGUGUGUACAUAGAGUAUAAAAGGGUUUUAAUGGUAUACUUUGAAUUUUUUGGUUUUAUUGUGUGAAAAUGGUGGUGGUUCAGCCAUGCCAAUGCCCGCAGGCUGGACUCCAGCUGCUGGAUUCAAUCCGACACUAGGAGGGUCUUCACCUGCCCGAGGUUGAUAGGAGUCCCCAGCAUCUCCAGAUCUUGGGGGGAAGCACUAAAAGCAGCAGUGGGAUUGGGCUCCAUUCCCCAGCUGCAGAAUUUAUGGCCGUGACCGAGCCCAUCCUCUGAUCCCUGCUGCCUCCUGGGAGGGCGUUUGGGAAAUAGGGACUGGGGAGCAGGAGGCUGCUGCUGGGAGCUGAGGAAGGCAUCAUGCCAUCAUCACUGCUGCAUCAAGCCCAUCUCUCACCCACCAUGUGAUGCCUGGUGGAGAGGUUGCCCCAAGCCCGUCCUGUUCCUUCUGCAGACAUGUCAAGGCACAGAAACCUCCACCACGUUACAGGAAAAAAAAAAAAUAAACAAAAUAAAAAACACCCACAAACAUCCUUGGGAAGGGAAAAAGUCCUUCAAGAGGGGACACCUUCCAUGGCACUUGUUCCUUUUCAAGGGUGCUGAGGUACAAGGACACACAGAGGAUUUGGGCGGGUGGCUGCAAGGCCCUCUGGGCUUUACUGAGAGCCCCAUCAUUUCCAUCCCCGCUUGGUUUUAAUGCCUCUUUGUAAAUAAUAGGUGGGAGGCUGGCACGGGUUGGCACAUUUGGUGGAAUUAGUUGCCAGAGGAGGGGUCCUGGACCGAGCAAGGGCUUCCAGCGUAGACCUGAAGCCACCAACCUCCCUCAUCUUAAAUUGGGGAAAAGGAGAAUUCCUUCCCAGGUCCAGAUGGCCUGUGCAUGGGUGGUUGGGUUUUUUUUUUUAAAGAGAUUACCCACAGGGCUGGGCCAGGGAAGAGGCACCGGCGGGUGAUGGAGUGAUGCUGAGGAAGAGGUUUGGGCUGUUCCUGGUGCCAGGGGUAGGAAAAGUGGGUGGUGGGGGCUGGCAGAGAGGGCCCUCCGGGAAGGGAGAGGGAUGCUGUCACACAGCUAAAGCCGUUCUUGGUUUUCAGCAUUCAAAAUAACCCUGGGGUAUAUGUGUGUGGGGGGUGUUGUACACCCUUUUUAUUAAACUACCGCAGGAAAAAGUCACCAAAACUUGGAAGUUCCUCAUUCCCCACAUGUUUUUUUUUUAAUUUUUUAAAUCCUUUUCGGUAGCUGAACAGUUGGGAAAUGGUACAAACCAUGGUGGCACACCCCCCCACCCCAGUCCCCAACAACCCACGCACACACGUGCCUGCUCGUAGCCCUGAGCAGAGCACACCGUAGGUCUCCGGGGGUAUGUACAGUUGUACUUUAAUUGUGAUUUGAAUGGUACAUUUCCUCUGCCCACCUCUCCCUCCUGCCUGCUUCAUCUCUCGCUGUGUGGACCAUCGCCCCCCGUUUCUGUUGGAAACAGGACUUUGGGGCAAUGUUGUACCGUGUGAGUGAGUUCCCGCCUGACGAUUUUUGGGUUUUUCAGCCCCUUUCCCUUUCUCUGCCACCCUCCCCUUGGAUUUCUGCAUUUUUUCUGCAGAAACGAAGUAACCAGACCUGGUACCCUGAGUCUCAACCCACUGUGGAUGUGCUAUUUAGAAAAACACAUUUGUUGUAAUGUGUGUGUAUAUAUAAAUAUAUAUAUAUAAUGAAUAUAUCAAGAAUAUUUCUAAAUAAAGUUUUACAAAGCA